GUCCGUUUCUUCCGCAAACUCGAACUCUCAACCGAGACAGCAGAGAAGGCGAGACGAGGGAAGAUAACUCGGCGACCGCGCGCAGGGGAGAAGUAGGUACCCGAGAGAGAAAGAGAGGGACGCGCGACGAGAAGGUGAGAGGACGGGCCACCAUGAGGCGCUCCUCCAAGAAGUCGUCGUCAUCGUCCGCCGCGGCCGGUGAGGAACAAGUAAAUGAAAAACAAAACAGAAAAAGAAAAGGAGUCAGUACAAACCUGACCAGCAGGAAAGCACAACGUGUUCCCACUAAAGCGGUUUCAAAGGAAAUAGAGCGGAUUGACCAACUUUUCUAUACAUAUGCUGAUGGCUCAUCCAGCAUGAUUGACCCAGAAGGCAUCGAAACACUCUGCUCUCAUCUUGAAGUUCCACAUACAGAUGUUCGGAUUCUGAUGUUAGCAUGGAAAAUGGGCUGUGAAAAGCAAGGUUAUUUUACUCUGGAUGAAUGGAGAACUGGGAUGAAAGCUCUGCGAGCUGAUAGCAUCAGUAAACUGAAGAAAGCCUUUCCUGAACUGGUCCAAGAAGUUACGAGGUCCUCUAAUUUCCAGGAUUUCUAUCCAUAUGCGUUCCGUUAUUGCCUAACAGAGGACAAGAAGAAGUGUAUAGAAAUACCUGUUGCUUGUGAGUUAUUGAAUCUAGUGUUGAGCUUGCAGUUCCGCCCGCAGGUUGAAAAACUUAUUAAUUACCUUAAGCAUCAAAAUGAGUACAAGGUUAUAAACAUGGAUCAAUGGAUGGGAUUUCUUCGGUUCUGCAAUGAGAUAAACUUCCCAUCACUUGACAAUUAUGAUGCAGACCAAGCUUGGCCUUUAAUUUUAGACAAUUUUGUUGAAUGGUUAAGAGCAAGUGAAAAUUAGCUCUGUUGUACUGAGUGGUGGUGAAGAUGCAAUCCAAAUGUAAUACUCAGAAAUCACCUUGGAGAAUUUUGGAGGAUGCAGAUCAAGCUCGUUUGUGACUGCUCUGUUCAGAGUCUGGUUUUAGAAAUUAUCAAUCGCCUUGUAGUUUGCCUUUUGCUUUCUUUAUACUUGAUUUAAAUACUUUGCAGGGUCAUCAUCUAGAAUUUUACAUUGUCAUUCUCUAUAUUUGUAUUAUUCAAUGGCUUCGUAGGUGUGUAGUUUUGAGAGCAUGCAAAUUUUCUGGAAGUCUUGAAAGAACAUGUUGGCAUAUGUUGUUCCUCUCUUGCCCUGUUGGCC